AUGGAAGAUAAAAUUCCUGAAAUUAAAACUAUAAAAAUAUUAUUAUUGGGUAGAAAAGGAAGCGGAAAAACGACUCUAGCUAAUGUAAUAAAUAAUACUAAUAACAAUACGGAGAAAAGCACAUAUAGAUAUGAAAUAAUUGAUCCAGAGGGAAUUGGUGAUAGAAGAUUAACUCCUCAAGGAAUAUUAUAUAAAUUUGCAGACGCUGCUGCUGCUACUGGUGGUAUUAAAGAUGGAAUAAAUCAAAUUCUAUUCGUUACCAAUGGAAGAUUUACAGAAGAAGAAAUCGAAACUUUUGAAACAUUACAAUCAAUUAUUUUUAAUGAUGAAGAUGUUUUUGAAUAUACCACUAUAAUUAAAACAAAAUUCCCUGUUUUUGAAGACGAUUAUGAGUGUGAAAAAGAUUAUAAAGAUAUGAUUUCUGAGGAUGAUAAAAUUUCCCGAUUUGUUAAGUCAUGCAAAAAGAUCAUUCAUGUAGAUAAUCCACCAAUAACACCUCGUACUAAACAAGUCGCAGAAGAGAUCCGAGAAGAAUCAGGAAAAAUAUUAUUAGAACAUUUAAGAACUUGUACAAAAGUUUAUAACCCACUAAACCUAUAUGAUUUGAAUAACAGGAUAAAAGAUCACACGACAAAUGCAGAACAACUAGAAUAUGGAUGUUUGAAUUAUAAUCAACUUUCUUAUAAUU